AUGUCUCAACACAGAUUUAAAAGUAAAACUUAUAGAUUUCAAUCUUAUAAUUCAUCUGAUCUUUAUUCUUCACUUAAUACACAUAUUGCUACCAGUUCUCAAUCAAAUUUAACAAAUAACAUUAAUUCUGAUUCACAACCCUCAGAAAUUAUUCAAAAUCCAUUAAACUUAGAUGUUGCUCCAUUACCUAUUUGGCAACCUUCUACACGUCUAAGUAAACUUCACACUCAAUUUCAAACUACAAUUCUUUCUCAAUACACGUGCUUACCUUGUGCAUUUUGUGGAAAAUUAUUAUAUCCUACCAAGGCUAAAUGGUUUCCAUAUGAUGAAAACUACACCUAUCCUCUUGAAAUAAACUUUCAAAACAUUGAUAUCUAUAUAAAAGAUGAUGGUUCAAUACGCACUGUAUGUGUAUGUGAAAGUUGUAAAAACAAUCAAAAAUGA